AUGUCUAAGCGUACUUUGUCCUCGUCUAUCUCUUCUCGUCAAACUCGGGCCUCUACUGUGGCCAUUCUCCCCGACGUCGAUCCCGAACUUCUCAUGCGUCAAACGAAAAGAAUGAGAAUUACCUCCCAAGCGCCAGUUCCCUCUCAACCUCCAUUGGUUGACGCUUCUCGAAGGGCUCUCGACACCAUUAAGGAUCGAUAUCAAUCCGGCCCUUCUCGCGACCAACAAUCGUCUCUUCUCGAUGACGAGGUCAUCGAGCAAUAUAUCGACUUCGAAGCGGGGGCAGGGCCAUCUACCACUGGUGAGAACCUAUCUCCUGCGAAAUCUGUCGAGUCCGAACACGGUACCAUCGUUGAAAAUCAAAAUUCUCCUGGUAAUAAGUCCCCUGUGCCACCUUCUGAUUCCGAGGGGCUUGUCGAGGUUCCCCAUGAACUCGAAACCAUUUUUCACGCCCCUCGCAAGGUUCCGGUCAAUGAUGAACUUGCUAAGGCUCUGGAUGCUCGAAAAGACUCGGAAAUUGGUGAGAUUUCUACAGAAUUCUCUACCCUCUGGGCCCGCCUUUCUUUCUCCUCUGUUCGUCACGCUCUGAAGGAUGAAGCCCUCGAUCGCUUUCGCGAGACUGGGGCCAUCAAGCCCACUGUCAAGUGGUUUGGUAACGCCCUUGAUCGCUUGGCCCAAGGUUGGCGACUUCGUAACAAGAAUGGCGCUGUUGUCCGUCUCGAGGGUGAGCUUUGCUCCGAUUGCCAGCGUCGUCUCGAUGGUGGAGAAGAUUUUCGUGUAGGUUGUAUCGGUCCUCGGAACUUCAAAGUGUUCGGUGAAAACCAACAAUCCUGA